AUGGUAUGUUACGUCAUAAUUGGUAUAUUACGUCAUUAUAAGAUAUUCCUGUUAAACGAAAUUUAUGAUAUAACCAUUUUAGUAAAACGUCCGUCAUACUUUUUCUAAACUACUUUAAUUUAGGCAUACUAUAUAUUAUAUAAGCAAUAAAACACACACACAUAUAUAUAUAUAUCAAACUGUAAAAUCCAAUUGCAAAACAGAAUAUACACAAAUAUACAACGCCAUUUACAAGAAAUUUCAUCCCAAAUUCUGAUUUUCAUUUUACUGGUAACAGUGACGUAACAAUACGUGUUAUUACAAUCAAUCCACAAAAGAUAUAAUCCAAAUCCGUGUAAUAUUUUCAUAUGCAUGGCCUGCCACGUGUUGUGGCAUGUGUAAUAAAAUAUUUUAAAGGUGGCAUAAUAAGCAUGAGCAAAUUCCAUAGAACUUACACAGACCGCGGAUAUAACAGCAACUACAAUGUUACCGACUACAAAGUGCAAAGGAUGUUCCAAAUGUAGGCCCGAUGAUGUUGUACCCAAACUCCCAGCUGGUUGUGUCAUUCACCCGGAAUACGACGAUACAGGAGAGAGAGGAAACUGGACCAACAAAGCCGAAUUCUUACUGUCUAUGAUCGGUUAUGCCGUGGGAUUGGGAAACGUUUGGAGAUUUCCGUACUUGGCGUUCGAAAACGGAGGAGGCGCCUUCCUAUUACCUUAUCUCACUAUGCUGGUUCUAGCCGGGCUCCCAAUAUUCUUUCUGGAAGUUUCCCUAGGUCAGUUUUGCAGUCAAGGCCCGUUGGGGGCGUUUAACGGUGUGCCUAUCGUCAAGGGACUGGGCGUUGCUAUGGUUGUCGUAUCCGUAUACGUGGGUGUAUACUACAACGUUGUAAUUUGCUACACGCUAUACUUUCUGUUUUCUUCUCUGACAUCGGAACUACCUUGGAAUAGCUGUAAUAACGAUUGGAACACUCCUGCAUGCCUUCACAGCACUUCAAUAUACAACAUGACUUUAAAUUUUACUCUUCCCUCAUCUCUUGAAACCGGUUUCAAUAAUUCACAACGAUUCAACACAACUACGUCAAAUUUCUCAAUGGCACACCGCAUCAGUCCGAGUGAGGAAUAUUGGAAUUACAAAGUACUGGAAAAGACGCAAGGCAUUGAAAAUCUUGGAAAGAUACGAUGGGAACUGGCACUAAUUUUACUCCUUGCAUGGGUCAUCAUAUAUGCAUGUCUAAUAAAAGGCGUUAAGUCUUCGGGAAAAGCCGUAUAUUUCACUGCAACGUUCCCGUAUGUGGUGCUCACUGUAUUGUUGAUACGAGGUUUAACAUUGGACGGAGCCAUGGAUGGAGUUCGCUACUUCUUUGAACCGAGAUGGGAAAAACUUCUUACAGCAAAGGUGUGGAAAGACGCAGCAACCCAAAUAUUUUAUUCUUUAUCUGCAUCUUGGGGUGGUUUGAUUACUUUAUCGUCGUACAAUAAAUUCAACAACAACUGUUACCGGGAUUCAGUGAUCGUUGUACUUACCAAUUCCUUCACGAGUAUCUUCGCUGGUGUAACCAUCUUUGCAGUGAUUGGAUUCAUGGCGCAUGUGCUCAAAACUGAUAUCGCUUCAGUUGCCGCAGAUGGUCCUGGCCUUGCUUUCGUUGUUUAUCCAGAAGCAUUAUCUCAGAUGCCGUUUGCUCCUGUGUGGUCGGUCCUGUUCUUUCUAAUGCUGUUCACACUAGGACUCGACACAAUGUUCGCUACGCUUGAAACCAUUGUGACGUCACUGACCGACGCUUGUCCCCGCCAACUGCGUCAUCGAAAAUGUCUUUUCACGUUGGUGGUUUGUAUAUUUCUUUUCCUCAUUGGACUGCCACUGGUUACACAGGGUGGUUUCUUCUAUCUUCACCUCUUGGACAGCUACGUGGCUUCGUACUCCUUGAUUGUUUGCGCCAUUGUUGAAAUGCUAUCCAUAUCCUACAUAUACGGAUUAAACCGGUUUUGUGAAGACAUUAAAAUGAUGACCGGCCAUAAACCGAACGCUUAUUGGAAAAUUACCUGGUCUGUUAUAUCUCCUGCUGUAUUGACGUUCAUCCUAAUAUACAGUAUUGCGGACUACAAACCUCUGAAACUGGACGAGUACAAUUUCCCACUGUGGGCAAAUAUACUUGGCUGGUUCACAGUCGCUUCAAGCGUCAUGUGCAUUCCAAUAUUUGCAAUUAGAGAGAUCGUACGAAAUAAAGGCACUUUCCUAGAGCGCAUCAAGUCAGCCUGUAGGCCUAACAAAAGGUGGGGUCCUUAUCUAUUAAAGGACAGAGUUGGAUUUUACGCUUUUAAUGUGCAUCCGCCUGCGGUUACAAAUGUCCGCGGAAUUGACAACGAUUCAGACGCCACACUGUUGCACGACACAAUACAAGAUACCCCGUCGACGUCAAAGCGAAACUUGAAUGCGACUGCAACAGCUUCUGAAGGCUGACGAAUUUUUAAAUUCCUGCGAUGCGAGUUUUGUUGUAUAUACGCACUCUUGCGUGCGCUUGCUCUAUACCCCAUACUCACCGUGCAUUUCAGUACAUUUUUACUUCAGUGCA